GGAUAAAUCUUGCAUACCGAAUCACCCAACAUUAACAAGACCUCCCUCCAUUCGCGGCGUCAACCUACGACAUAACUUGCUUUGUCAAGAUAAACAACCACAGCAACAAAACAUCAUCCAGACCUACGACCGAAAAUGAACUCCGUGAAGAGAGCUCUCGACAAGGGUAUGGACAAGGCUACUAACCCCAAGGAUGAGCCCCAAGUCCCCAACAAAUCCUCCUCCUCUUCACAAUCCCAAUCCCACGCACUCAACAUCAACCCCAACCUCACCGACCGCCAUCCUUCUCUGACAGGCAGCGGCGGCGGCGGCUUCGAUCAGCAGCACCACCACGUCGUCGGGGAAAUGCCGCAGCCGGGAUCGGGCCAGAGGAGCGUGGGGUCGACGGGGGCGGGGAUAAAUACUUCUGGUAUGAAAGCCCCUACAGCUACAGGUGCAGGUCUUUGA